CAAUACCCAGGGUGCUCGUGCAGGAAGUCACCUGUCCUCCGAGGCAACACUCCCGACCUGAUUGAUCAACACCCUGACCAGGGCUCUGUGACCAGGCUGUAGUUCCCAGGACUUCCCUUGGCUGCGUGCAGUUUGCCUCUUCAUUCAGUAAGACUGGCCCCAGCAGAGAUGCAGACCCAGAGGGUCCCGGGGAGGAAGCGUGGCCGGCCUCCGCUGCACUCCACGCCGGCGCAGAUGGCAGUCCAUAACCUCUAUUCUGCGUCUGCGGGCUCUGUACCGGCAGUGACAAUUCCAAAGAAGAGAGGGCGGAAACCCAGGUACAAGAUCAAGUCUCCAGUGCUCAUGACUCCCUUGGCCCUGUCACCUCCACGGAGCACCCCGGAACCUGACCUCAGCUCCAUUCCUCAGGAUGCGGCCACCAUCCCCAGCCUGGCGGUCCCACAGGCUCUCACAGUGUGCCUCUACGUUAACAGGCAGGCUGACGCAGGGCCGUACCUGGAGAGGAGGAAGCUGCAGCAGCUUCCGGAGCGCCUGGGGCCUGAGCGGCCUGCCGCUGUCCUGCAGCAGGCGGUGCAGGCAUGCAUCGACUGUGCGCACCAGCCCAGGCUGGUCUUCUCCCUUGUCAAGCAGGGCUACCGCGGCGAGCUGGUGUCAGUCUCCGCUUCCUUUGAUGGAAAGCAGCACCUGAGGAGUCUGCCUGUGGUGAACAGCGUGGGCUAUGUCCUCCGCUUCCUGACCAAACUGUGCCGCAGCCUCCUGUGUGACAACCUCUUCAGCCACCUGCCCUUCCCCGGGAGUGUCAGUGCCUCUGAGAAGGCCCAGGAGAGAGAGGAUGGGAGGACCGAAUCGGCCAGGGCAGCCACUGCUGAAGAGUGCCUGGUAAACCCUGUGGGCAUGAACCGCUACAGCACGGACGCCUCCUCCGCUGCCCUUAGCCACAGGGGCUCCCUGACCCACUCCUCCUCACUGUACUUCAAGAGGCUGAGCUCUGGAGACGGCCACCUUGGGGGAGGCCCGACCAGUACCACCAGCGGGUCCCGUGCCAACCUUGUGCCCUCUGGAGGUUCAUCGACGCCUGGACUGAGGCUCCCAGCUUCAAGCCCCAAGAGGAAUGGGACAUCUACGGAAGGAAACAGACGCGCCUCAAGCCCCUCUCCAGAGGUGCAGGAUACCAGGAGGCCGAGCAACAGAAACCCUGCUACCUGGACUGUGGAGGAUGUGGUCCGGUUUGUGAAAGAUGCUGAUCCUCAGGCCCUGGGGCCUCACGUGGAGCUCUUCAGAAAGCACGAGAUCGAUGGCAAUGCUUUGCUGUUGCUGAGGAGCGACAUGAUCAUGAAGUACCUGGGACUGAAGCUGGGGCCGGCGCUGAAACUCUGCUACCACAUCGAGAAGCUGAAGCAAGCUAAAUUCUAAAGGAGCGAAACCCAAGAUCUCAAGGUUACCUCCUGCCUGCCCAGCAGCCGGCCCACGUCAACAGCAGAGCAUCCUCUUAAACCUCGCAGCCACAAAGACCUUGUCCUUUUAUAAACUAUGUACAUCCUUGCCUUUUCUAACAUUCCAAACGGCCCCUUUCAAAGGCUGAACUGUGUCACAGAUUUGUCUGAAAAAGAAAAAAAAAAUCACAAAAAGCCGGUUACAUUUAAUGUUCCUCACAUGUUCACUCUUUAUGGGUGGUGUUUGUGUUGUGACAGAAUGGGUAACUGAAUGCUGUGCCCCACGGAGAACUCUGGAGGGGGCUCUCAAAACCACAAGGAAGACCCUGCCCCUGCAGGUGCUGUGGGGAUGCCCAUGGCAGCCUCUCCCUGUUCUGGGGACCAGUCAGCAUGGGCCUCACUGGGCUGAGCUCUGGGAGUCGUCUCCUGCUGACUUCCUUGCCUUGCACUAUCUGGAAAACUUGAAGUAAUUGUUUGCUCUGGAAAAGAAAGGGGAAAGGACGGUUCCUAGUCCUAGCUUCUGAAGUCCUUCAUCGCUCCACCAGAGGGCAGACUGCUAAAGAGAAUUCAGGAUGCCUUGACUGCAUGGCUGGGUUAGGGUUUUUAUAAGCAAGAUCUAGGCUGCACAGGGAUGGGGGAUUCAGUCAGCACCCCAGAUUGCCACUUGGGAAGAAAGCGUGAUCUGUAGGGGUCCACCUCAUAUCCAUUACUGACUGACUAGGUAAGAAUUCAGAAGCAACCGUCUGUCUAAACGAAGAUUCCCUUUGUCCCUUCCCUUCUAGAGUCUUACUGAGGCUCUGAUAAUGCUGGCACACUGAAGAACCUUAGUAACAUUUAGUUAUAGUUACUUCUUGAAAAAAAAAAGGGGGGGGGGAGGAAGGAAGGAAGGAAAUUGUCUCAACAAAGUUUGAAAACGGGAACUGCUAAUUUCUAGUUACAUGGCUGCAUUCUGUAGCUGUGUCUGUGGCUAAUUCUCCCAGUCUUCAACAAGUAUGCAGACGUGUUUUUAUUGGGUUUAAUUCAAUUUACAAAUAGGUUUUCACUCUUCACUGUGAAUUAAUAGGAAAAAAUUGAUUUUCUACCCUUUGUAGCUGUGUCCAGAGUAGGGGGGACGGAGCCAAGGUUUACUAGGCAGAAGGGUGAUCUCUUUGCUGCUAUUCUUUGUCAAAUCUCUUCUUAUCCUCCCUCUCCACCUGCUCUUUGUCUAUUCCCACUGAGUAGAGAACUCACGCAGCACAGCCUUUUCCUUAAAGGUGCACCUGGGGAGCGUGAGGGUCAAGGGUAACCCGGAGUCUCCUGUGCCAUGGUGUGGAUUUAAAAAGGCAUCUUUCCUCUGCCUGAGCAAGGUCUCAGCUGGCAAGUGAAGAUGGAGGGGUUUUGGACCCCUCUCAGCCAGACAUCCUAAUCCUGAACAAGAUGGAUGUAGCCUCUGGAAUGGAUCUACCUACUAUACGGAUUAAUUAGAAUUUAGGUGAGGACCACAGGAAGCAUUCCAUGCUGAGAUACGGGGCCCACUUUUAUGUCCCCUAUUUGAGGAAGUGUGACAGGACACUGAGAGAUUGUCCACAGUGGGUGGACUUGCAGUGUGGACAGAGAAGGAGAAAAAAAAUGUCCCAAAGCUUCCCACUGAAUGGAACUUGAUCAGCUUGCAGAAGAGCUGGAUGUCUGUUUAUUUUUAGCAUGAGACAAAAAUGACCUUGAACUCGACCUUGGAGGGAAUCUUUAAGAUGUUAAGGCAAUGAACAGACUCUGCCAUGCAGAAGAUUGUCAGUGUUGAGCAUUCCUCGCUGCUGCUCUGAAGUUCGAUCCUGUCUCAAAACGUGUCAGACAUUUCACACGUACGGAAUUGUUGAAGUGAAAGCAAUGAGAUCUGGGAAAAUCGCUUCACUGAAGUGUUUGCCCUGUCCCUGUAGACGCACGGUGCCUCCUCCAGGGACACAGUGACUCUUUAGUGAUUGGCAAUGUUAAGCUUUCCAAAUGUCCUGCGUAACCUUUCCAGUGCCUCACUAGUGCCCCAAGUUAAAAUAAGCCCAAACGAGUCAGGAGAGGCCUCAAGUCAUUGUUGAAGGCGAGCUAGGACCUGGUUCAAGUCUAUAGGGGAACUGGGACUAUAUCCCCCAUACAGAGACUCAGUCAGGUGCUGUCUUAUUUCACACGAAGCCUUAAGUUUGUUGGAUUGCAGGACCCCAGACUUUUAAGGUUUGGCAAAACAAAACACCAAGAAGCAAUUUCAUCAUUCUUGGAAUGAAGACUGCCGCACCACGGAAGGAGCAAUGGAAACUAAUUCUUCUUCCUUGCCUGUUUCUGCGUGGAAUGUAAUUAACUGACCAAAUCAUUGUAGCAAUACUGCAAUUAUAAUUAAUUUUCAUCCCUCUCAAAAAUCUUGUCAAACAGGGCAGUUAAAUUGCUUCUCAAAUGUAAAACACGCCAGGCCAUUUCCUCUAAACAGACCUUAAAGAGUCAGGCCAUUGGGGUUACUCUGGCCCAAAUGAGAAGGACUUGAACUCACACUUGACAGCUAACAUGCGUGCUAUUCCAUCUGCAUAGCUUUGCUUCAGGUUGCAGUGAAUAAUGACCAAAAUUUGCAUAAUUCCAAAUGAAAGAGUGUGUGCGCUCAUGUUACAAACAUUUCCAAUUACAUUUGUCUCUUGGACAAAAAUCAAGAGACAGUUCUGUUGCCUCGAGCAUUUUGAACGUUUUGUGAAACACAUUAUUCCCUUUGUGAAGAUUUUAGAUUAAAAGAUGUGGCCCGGG